UCGUCCUUUUGUUUUCUUUCGACAGCAUUCGUGCUCUACGUUUUCAGUGCCUUGGGAAUCACAGCUGGUGCUCACAGAUUAUGGGCCCACAAAUCGUACAAGGCAAAAUGGCCGCUUCAGUUGUUCCUCACGAUCUGCAACACCAUGGCUUUCCAGGAUGCAGCAGUCGACUGGGCAAGAGAUCACAGGCUCCACCACAAAUACAGCGAGACGAACGCGGAUCCUCAUAACGCGAAGAGAGGUUUCUUCUUUGCGCAUAUGGGCUGGCUACUCUGCAGAAAACACCCUGACAUCUCAGAAAAGGGCAAAGGAAUCGAUCUCAGUGACCUGAAGAAUAAUCGCAUUCUUGCUUUCCAAAAGAAGUACUACAAAUACCUCAUGCCCUUAAUGUGCUUCAUCAUGCCGACUGUCGUGCCUGUUGUGGGCUGGAACGAGACCUGGUCAAAUGCUUACUUUGUAGCGGCGAUAUUGCGAUACGUGUUUUGUUUGAACAUGACGUGGUUGGUCAACUCCGCUGCUCAUCUCUAUGGAUUUAAACCAUACGACAAGUUCAUCAAUCCUGUUGAGAACAGAGGGGUGGCCAUCGUCUCCCUCGGCGAGGGUUGGCACAACUAUCACCACGUGUUCCCGUGGGAUUACAAAACGGCAGAGUUGGGCAACUACAGAUACAGUGUUACUACAGCCUUCAUCGACCUAUGUGCGAAGCUCGGCCUCGCGUACGACUUGAAGAUUGUUCCCGACGACGUGGUGAGAAAACGAGUGGAGAGAACCGGUGACGGUAGCCACGAAGUGUGGGGCUGGGGUGACAAGGACCAAUCACAGGACGACAGGGAUCAGACGGUGAUAAUACAUGGUCUGAAGAAAGAACAAUAAAAAACGAUUUUGUUGAAUCUUGGUGGGGGGGAGUCGAUCGUUCGUUUCAUUGAUUUACAAACGAUCACGUCUUUUUGUACGGUUCUUACGAGAGGGGCGGGAUGACAGUUAUCUGAGAAUUAGUCGAAAAUUAGUUGGAAUGUCACUUAAUUAUACGACCACGCGGCUUGUACGAGGAUCGCGAUUAACGUUGUCUUCUACUAUCAUCAACAUUGCACAAUCUUCAAUCGAUGUACAAGAGUACCGUUGUUUUCUUUUGUUCUUCCAGUUUUUCUAAAACGAAUCUCAGAUUUCGUUGUUACACGGAAAUCAAUGAUUUUCUUUCUGAUUGUUUAUUUUUUGUCAAACUUGUUUUUGUUUUCGAAUGAUGGUAUAUCGAUGCAGGAUCUUUGUACAUGCCGGCGGAAUCGGUUUCGAAGCGGGAACACUGUUGUUAUUCAGGGAACAACAUCUGAUCAUUUGGCAGGUUCUAAAUGUAUUAUAUUUGAUCCCUGUGUAAACGAGUGAAACAAUCCCACGAUCAGUCAUCGUUUCGCAUUUCCUCGACGACGUUCAUAGACUGCAGCGAUGGACUAGCGUUCGUUGAUCGCGCUCAAACCGGAUCGGCUUCCCGAUUUUAGUCGACGGUUGUUCAACCUGUUUAGACUGUUCCGUACGUAAUUUAAGGUUUAGUUUAUUCUUGAAUAAGUAGUAGUGGGCUCUGUUAGAAUUUAGAUUCUAUUUUACGCUGUCCGUAGAUGCUAGCAUAUUCCUAAUGUUUGAAUAGCGCAGGGUGGCAAAUUACGAAACACGCAUUCUGUGAACGCUAGUCGAACGUUAAUUUAAUGAUGACAGAUCGAACGAGAUGGAAAUCGAUGUUCGGUUGAAAUAAAAAAUUAGUAAACGAACGAUUUAAGUAUGGGAUGUACGUAUAUGUGUAUAUUAAGCUUAAUACAGUGAGGAUUCGUUCGAUCCCCGAACAUGUUGCCACACGUCGAUAUGAAAUCGUUGAAGAUCGAUCCGUGUAACUACGUCGGAUUUCUUCACCCGUUUCUUGUAUCUUGUGUUUCUUCUUUCUUGUCUGAGGACUUCCUUCACGACCCGGAAAUGCUACUAUCCUCCAGAUUAAAACAGAAAAGUAAAAAACAUUCCAGUAUAUCUUUCAUCCCUCUUCACAUCCGGUCAUUUAGACAGUUACGAGGUAAAUAUUGUUUUAUAUAUUUCUCUUUUUGUUCCUACAAUGUCGUCAGACAAUACUUAGUUGAAUGUUGUUCCCUUUCCCUGUCCUUAUAUUUUUCUGUUCUCAUUCAUUCUCGAUCCAUUCAUCGAUUUCUUCUAUUCAUGAUUGUAUCGAAUUUAAUCUUGGAAAGCAUAAAAUACAGAGGCGAUUCCUCUUUUUUUCGAUUAGGUAAUCUGUAUCAGUGAAUCAAUCUGAACGAUGACUGGUCUACAAGAAAUAUUUAAUAGUUAAGCGUGCAAAAGGAGAGCUUUUAUAGCACCAAUGAAAAUUGAUACUUCGUUUAGAAAUGUCGUCGCGAUUAAAAGCUAGCGUAGCGGCUUCAACAAACGUUUAUGUGUAAUUUUGCGCUUUUGAAGGUUAAAGGUGAAAACAAUGUCAUCAUCUAACUUAUUCGCCCGUUUCAUUCAAUAAAAAGCAAACGAGCACACAAAGGACAGGGGAUUUGUGUGGUAUGGCAGUUUGUACGAGAUGAGAGCGAGCAAUUGUAAAAAAGUUAUGAAAAGAUAAAAAAAAGGAAAGUCGACAAAGAUUUUCAAUUAGAUUAAGGUACACCCUGCGCCAUGGUGAUUUCUACGUGUAUAUUUGUACGCAAGAUAAUUUGUUGCAAAUAUUGUAAAAACGACAAAAAAACCAAGAAACAUUGUACGCUUACUGUAUAUUCAAUGGAAAUGUUUACGAUUGUUAUACGAU